AUGGACUGUAUCCGGAAAGACUAUGAAAGCAACGCCUACGAUGCUCUUUCAUAUACCUGGGGCAGCACAGACAAGCCUCACGAUAUGCAUAUCGGCAAUUAUGCUCUACCGAUAGGAACAAACCUAAGAGCAGCAUUGCUGAAGUUAAGACAUACGAACUCGGUAAGGAUCAUAUGGGUGGACGCAAUCUGCAUCAACCAGGAUGAUGUCAAUGAACGGAAUCACCAAGUCCACAUCAUGAAACGGAUCUUCUCGAGGGCCGCGUCGGUCAUUGUAUGGCUGGGGCCGGAGAGCCCAUCGUAUCGGGAAGCGAUGGAGCUGAUUAUCGAUUGCAAUCGACCCAUCAAUAGCAAGGCACUCCUGAGUCACAAGGAAGACUCACUGAUAGGGCUUUCUAACAUUUUCCGGCGAAGAUGGUGGAAGCGCAUCUGGAUCGUCCAGGAGGCCGUCGCGGCGAAUGAGCUAGUGAUAUUCUGCGGUCGUUACAAAAUACCGUGGCAUUUUGUGAGCCAUGUGUGUAACGAGAUCCGGGAGAAAGAAUUCUCCUCAAACAAGAAGUCACAACUCCUGAGGAGCAGCGGCUAUCGGAACUUUACUGCCCUAAAUGAUUUCCGGAAGGACCGUGGUAGAAUGAGUCUGACCAAAUACCUUCAGUGCACCAAGGACUACAAGGCGACAGAUGCGCGGGAUAAACUUUACGCGCUGAUAGGGGUGGCGUCCGACAUCUCGCCAGAGGACAUAGUUCCGGACUACACAAAGCCAACUAGGACCGUCUUUCUCGACCUAGUCCGUUUUCUGGUGGUUCAGCGUGGCAGCCUGGACAUCAUCUCCUCCGGGCGGCUGCUUCGGCCGGCUUCCACAACACCAUCAGGUACCCAGUUGGAAGCGGAAGGAAUCUUUCCGUCCUGGUUCCCGGAUUGGCGCGUGUCCCAAGAGUUACGUCCGCUGAACAGCGAGGGCAGGGAUGGGGCGUCUUACAGAGCUGGCGGUGACACGCCGGCCGUCGUGAGGAUGGACGCCUUCCCUCUCGUGCUCGAGGCUGAGGGUAUCAUCGUGGACAAGGUGGACUUCUUCGGCGGGGCGAUCAGAGCACCAGCGCAGAACAGUCUUCCAACACUCCAACGAUGGCAAUACAUUGCCGGCCAGCAUCUGGUCUCUGAAAGCAACUUCGGAGCGGUGACGCCGCUAGAUUUCUGGACAACUAUUGUAGCAGGCAAGAAUUAUAAGGGCUCGUUGGACUCUGGAAGCAAUAAGGACUCAGCAUCGUUUGCACAGGAAGCCGGGUUUUUGAGCGGCGGGAAGGGGUCCCAAGAGGUGUGGAUGGCGGAUUAUUUUGCUGACGCCGUGACGAGGGCGGCCAUGGGAAGGCGGUUCUUCAUCACGGCAAAGAAGAGGAUGGGUCUCGGGGUUCCGGAGAUUCAACCUAACGACAGGGUGGUGGUCCUGAAGGGCUGUUCUGUGCCUCUAAUAAUGAGGGCUGUAGGAGACCAUAUGGUGAUUGUUGGCGAGUCAUAUGUGUCUGGCAUCAUGAAUGGGGAGGUCAUUGAAGGUCUCACUGCGGCCUCUAAGCAGGUGCUUCGGGCCGCCCGACCCACUGAGGGGCCGUGGGUUGCACAGCAAGGGUCAUCCCCCAUCGCCUGUUGCCACGAGCUUGACAGCUCGACGGGACGGAACCAGCAGAGGAGGGGACCAGAAGGUCCAGAUCCCAAGGUUCAUCGGAAAGUUAAUCAAUUCAUCAAUCAAUCUGAUCUCGUCUGCAGGCCUUUCAGCCUCAUAGCUUGCCCAGUCAAGUACAAUGCCAUUCGCCUGGCAACUGCCUUUCACGUUUCGAACAAGAGGACCAUUUCAGCCUUGACCCAUCGUGCACAAGGACUGCCAACACGAGCUUCAAGCUUCACCUUGUCACACCGAAUGAUGCAGGCCUCUAGUCGACAGGCCGACAAGACAGCGUCUUCGCUGCCAGUGAUAGGCCCGCCACCCAGCCAGGACGGGAACACCGAGGCACAGCACAUCCUCGGGUCCCUCAGGCCGUGGGCUCGCCCGUCUCCCGCGGUCCUUUCAUCUCGCAGGUCCAGCAGCUUGUGA